CGAUGUCUAACCUGAAUCCUAUUCGGAUCGGGAAGAACACCCCCUCUCACUCUCUGUCUCUAUGUAUUACCCACCCUGGUGUCGAUUGGAAGCCGACCGUUUGCUCCCGUCUCUCCCUCCUUCUCUCCCGCUUUCUUUCGCUCUGCCAAGAAACCCGAGUCUCUGCAUCAAUUCGAAGAAAGAAAAGAGAAAGAAGCUCUAAUCUCUCCUUCCUCUUCUAAUCUCUAGCUUCUUCUCCGUCGUUCAACAAUCGGUGACCGCCGCCGAUAUGGAUUAGAGGAUUCCAAGAUACGGGAUGGGAUCACCCCUGACGAGGCUUCAAGAGUCUUCCCGGUCCUCGAGCAGAUUCGUUGAUCCGGGAGAUCGAUUCAUACCCACGAGGAGCCUGAUGAAUCUUGAGCUCGCACAAAGCUUGCUGUGGGAAAGACCGCAGAAGAAAGACGAUCGCCCGGCAAUCUUGACCCCUAGGGAUGAGUAUAGGCGGAAGGUGAGAGAGCAGCUGACGCUGGAUUUGGAAGGGAAGCCGUUCAGGAUGCUGGCUUUUAGGGGAAUCCCAAGAAGAUGCAAGAACGUGCUUCCUGUCGAAGAGAUGAUGCAGGAGGAGUGGGAACGAUCCAGACCCUUGAAUCCCUUCCGUCGCAUUCCCACGACUCCUGACAGAAUAUUGGAGGCGCAAGGACUAAUGGAUGACGAUUAUUUAAACCUCUUGGACUGGGGGAAGAGCAACAUCCUAGCUGUUGCAUUGGGGCCCUCAAUAUACCUGUGGAAUGCUGAGAAUGGUGAUGUGAAGUUGCUCCUGGAAGCGAAUGAUGAGGAGGAUCACCCCACAAGCAUUGCAUGGUCUGGAGAUGGGAAAACAUUGGCUGCUGGAUUUGCGAGCUCCAGAAUUGAGCUCUGGGAUGUUGCGUCCUCGCGUCAGGUAUGGAACAAUGUUAACGUAAACUUGUGUCAGUUUUGUAUGUCGGCGCGGAAUACUUGAUUUGUUCUAACAAUAGAUCGGAUAGUUUUCAAUAUCACAAUAACAAACAAGUGGAUAUUCUUGGUUCUUAGAUUAGGAAUUGCUGCAGGUAAACCAUAAGCAAAUCCU